CUUUCGCAAUUUAUUAAAAAUUGCUGGUAGCCCCCCUUUGUGUCCACGUAGAGGCCUCUUGAGUCAUACGUGAGCUUCGCGCGCCGUCGCUCUCUUCCGGUUGCACGUGUUGACUUGUCUUCCCCGUCACACGUGAGAGGGGGUGUUACAGUAUAUGUGGAUUGCAUUAGCCCUUUCCAUUAGUUCGGACUUUUGGUUGCGUUGGUUAGUGCAUGACGCUUAACAAGCAACACCCCUCCCUCCUAUGUUAGGUCAGUUGUUAGGCUGUUAGCCAAGCUAUAGGAUCGAUUUCCCCAUUGCUCAACGCACCAUCGAUGUCGACUAGGUAUGGACGCAUGGAUGAUGCUGGUAGUUUAGGCAGCAACACUGAUAGUUGUGAUUCAGGCAUGGCUCAUGUUCAUGCACAAGAGAGCUGUUCGUCAUGGUGAGAGGCCUGUCAUGAAUCAUGGUCCAAUGCUUAUCCGGGUCAGGAAAGGAACGCGAAUUUGAAUUACAUCUACAACUGCAAUGACACAGAGGCCCUGUGGAUGCUUCAAAUGAAAAGAACACCAUUUGCCAGCAAGUGGCCAUGUUCCUCCAUGUUGUUGGCCAUAACGAGAGGUUCUGGAUUAUUCACAACACGUUUAGGAGAUCAAUGGAGACCAUCUCAAGGUACUUCAAGCAAGUGCUCUAUGUUGUUGGGGAGCUCUUAGGAGAGAUGAUCAGGUCACCAACCGUCCGGACUCCUACCAAGAUUCGCACUAGUCGUAGAUGGUAUCCAUACUUCAAGGAUUGCAUUGGGGCAAUAGAUGGUACUCAUGUCACUGCCAGAGUGUCGAGGUCACAAUGUUCAACAUACUGGGGGAGGAAGCGCUACACAAGCCAGAAUGUGCUUGCUGUUGUUGACUUUGAUAUGAUGUUUACAUAUGUGCUGGCUGGCUGGGAAGGGUCAACACAUGAUGCUAACAUUCUCAAUGACAUCAUGAGUUGUUCUGAUGGCAUCAACAUCCCCGAGAGCAAGUUCUACCUAGGAGAUGAUGGCUAUGCAUGUCGCCCAGGUCUUCUUCCACCAUUCAGGAAAGUUAGGUACCAUCUAAACGGGUUUGUUGGUAGAAAUUAUCCUAGGACUCCACAUGAGCUGUUCAAUCUCAAAUACUCCAGCCUUAGAGUUACUAUUGAGAGGGCCUUUGUUGCUCUGAAGAACAGGUUUAAGAACAGAAGCCAUUCCACACUUUCCCCACUCAGGUUAAGCUUGUUCUUGCUUGUUUCAUUCUGCAUAAUUGAAUCCUGCAAUGGUGUUGUGGUGAACUGGUGCCUCAAGAGGAAGAUGUGACACCUGACGAUGUUGUUAGCUCCGGCCAUGGUGUGGAGGCAUUUGACAAUGAAGCCUGGAAGAACAAAAGGAUGGAGUGGGCACGUGCAAUGUGGGAUCCAGAGGUCAGACAAGGAUAUGAAGAAGAAUAACAAAAGCAACAACGGAAGAAGAGGAAGAAGCAACAACAACAGAAGAGGAAGAGGAAGAACUAGCAGCAGCAACAAAAGAGGAAGAGGACGGACUUCCAUCUAGUUAGCAUCGAUGAUGAACAUUCCCCUAUUCAGCCAUAUGGCUCUUAAUAAUGUGUACUGCCAUUUGAUAGUAGGUAGGAUGAACCGUAAUUUGUUUCAUAGCUAGGAGUGGAACUAUGUUCAGAUUAUAUGUGGUAAGGUCACCGCUAGUGAGAAGUGGUGACAACACCUUAUGCAGGCUGCAACCAAA